AUGUACGCAAAGGAAUGGGCGAUGGGAGAUAUGUUCGUUUGUCACGAACCUACGAGCGUUGCUCAAGUGAUCAUGCACUUCACCGUCUCCCAUGCUGCCUCACCCAUAAGAUCGCUCCCUGGCAGCGACAAGUUGUUGUCGGACAAAUCAUGCAGCGACGAGGCGGUACUGCUUGCGCCGUCCAACAGGACCGCCGCUGCGUCCGUUCCCGGCUCCGCAACUCCUCUUAUCCGCGACGAAGCGAGAUUCAGCGUGGUAUCCGCGCUCGCGACGCCGAGAUACCACGCCCCUGCAUCCACUUCAUUCUUGAGCUGCCCUGGCGUCCACCCGCAGUACCCCACGAAAAGGAGAAGUGAUGCGGCGUGCGUCUCCUUCACAGCCUCGAAGUUGCUGACGUGCCACAACCCGGGAACGACCUCUGUGGUAACACCUGGGAUAUAUAUUCUGCUUAGUGCGACGAGGCAGCGCGCGUUCCGUUCCGUCCCCAUGGGACCGCCGAUGCCAACCUUGCAGGCCAACAGCACUGCAUUCUGCUCGCAGUCUAGCUCCGGGACAAUGACAGACAGCGGUCGGCUCGUGUGGCGGUUUAAAAUUAUCCCUAUCGAGCCUUUCUCAUCAUCGUGGUGCAAUACUAGAACGACAGUGUGUUUCCACCAGUCUGACGUUUUCUCAUGCGCGACGAGGAGGCAGCCGGUCUCCGGGGUCUGUAGCGCGUGCGCCCAACCGCCCACAGUGCCUGACGCUGACUCUCCUUCAGACGCUUUCGCAUCUUGGACGGUCAAGACGACGUGAUUAUAUUGGGGAUGUGCCAGCUCAUUCGAGAUUUCGGGAUCACGUUCUUGUUUUACGAGAGACGCUCUGCGCGCGUGCGAUUCGGGAACGAGGGGAAGCACGUGGCUUGGUCAGUCGUCUGAAGUAAACUGUUUACCCGCCCCGGAGUGGUGGGGGGAUGGUGUCGGUCCAAGACGCACCGGAACGCCCUCCAAUCGCCUCUGAUCUCAACCGCAUCUGAGCUAUCGUUGUGGCUGUCUUGGUCUGCGAGCGCGUACACACGAGAGCGCGUGACUCGGCGCCGAACACCGACAAUUCGUUCGGGAGAACAACGAUGCUGAGUAGGACAAACCGCCGCACCUGUAGCGUGGACGUGCGCGCAGGGAAGCACGAUGGACGCGCGGGAUAUCACGACUGACAUCGUGCGCCUUAGAAAUGCGCGUCGCGACGAAAUUAGCGAGCACUCGUGCUGCGAGCUCGUCUUUUGUCCCGAGCGCGACAACUGUUGAGGGCUACCUGUGUGUGGGCUACCUGUGUGUGUGUUAAUUAUUAAUAUAUAUGUUUCCG